UUUGUUACAUACGUAUUUUUACCUAAAACACGAUCAUAAAUAUUCCCAAAAUAACUGGAAACAUAAACAAAGUAUGUUGUUUAUCGUAUAAACAAUAAGAAUUGUUCGUCAGCGCAUUUAGAAGUGAACAUGUAUAAAUAAUAAUAUCAAAGUGUAUGUGUAAAAUGUCUACUAAUUAUUAGCCUCUUCAAUGCUACAAUAUACGCAGCACUAUUAAAUAAACAAAUCAUCAAUUAAAAAAACUAAAUUAAUAAUAUGCCAAUGUACUCGGAAAAGGGCUAGAAAAAAAUAUAAAAAAAAUUACAUAGAAGAAUGUAAAAAAAAAGUUAAUUUUUUUUUGCAAAUUUUUCCAAACUCAGUGCCUUAAUUGUAUGUACUUCUUUCUAUUCAGAUAAGAAAAUAUGUGAUAUUUAUUGUGUUCGUCGUAUCUACAUAUCCAAACACAUUAAAAAAAAUCAAAAAAUCAGUGAGAACCAUCGACUAGUUCAUUACUGCUUUGUGGUUAGUUGGUUGGCUGGUUAGUGUAUAGAAGAAAGAAGUUGAAAUACAACUUUUUUUGGCUUGAGACAAUUUAGUAGACAGAAGCCCAAGCUGCAGACGAGUAAGGAACAAGUAACGAAAUAUAUAACAAGACCACUUGGUUGCAGAUUGGUUACAAACAAGAAAAUCAACGUAUCAACAAGAAUUACUACUACUACACACAGACACACAAUAUAUUGAACCCAAAAAGAAAAUAACUAACUGCAUGUGAUGGUCUGGCACAAUCACGUAUCAUGGAAGCAUACGAUGAUGAUACAUAACGAGUUAACUAGGUAAAAGCCACACAAUAAUGCUUUUUCUUAGACUUGCAAUUAACAACAAUAAAUUUGUAUGUUGUGUGUGCGUCUGAAACAGCAUCUACAUAACUACAACCGUCGCGUCGUAGGAUUCUAAUGAAGUGUGAGCGUAUUUAUCUUUAUGGAAGCAUCAUUUAACCUAAGGUAUCGAGUUAUUUUCUUAGAUCAAGUAAUAAUUGCAAAAACUAUUUCACAGAUCAAUAUUAUAAACUACACAUAUAAUGGACCGUUUGAAAUUUUUAUUCGUAUUAUGUUGUUUAACAUUGUCGACUACUGUCUGUAUGGGAGACUUUGCUUUACGUCAAUGUGAACCAAUCAGAAUCGAAAUGUGCCGAAACAUAGGCUAUAACGAGACUUCAAUGCCCAAUCUGGUGGGCAAUGAAUUGCAAACUGAAGCAGAAUACACGUUACAAACAUUCUCGCCGCUCAUUGAGUAUGUGUGUAGUUCACAGCUGAAAUUAUUUCUGUGCGCAACGUACGUACCUAUGUGUACUCCGAAGGUGCCUGUACCUAUAGGUCCAUGUCGAUCACUUUGUGAAAGUGUACGUUCCCGUUGUCAUCCAGUUUUACAAGGAUUCGGUUAUCCAUGGCCUCCAGCAUUGGAUUGUAAUCGUUUCCCGAAGGAAAACAACCACGAAACAAUGUGUAUGGAAGGACCGGGUGAGGUCCAAGAGCCACCUACCGUAAAGGAAAUGUAUCCUGCACAUCCUGCUGCUAAGACGCCAUUUCAUAUACCUACAAUUUCGAACGCAUUCGAAUGUCCUGGCCACUCUAAAUUAUAUGUUAAACUGCACCGGUCUGGGCGUUGUGCACCGCUGUGCGAUGCAAACAUCCUUUUCGGACCAAAUGAAAAACAUAUUGCUGAACUGUGGACACACACUUGGACAUAUGCUGCCGUUGGUCUUGCGCUUUUGGCAACUAUUUGCUUAGUAUUUUCUGAUUCUCGAGCUUCUAAAAUACAAGAAUCCAAUCAGACUCAAGUUUUAUCAUCAUUAAUGUGGUCCCAUACAAUGGUAGCCAUAGGUUGGACCGUUCGUUUCAUAGCAGGAAGGACUGCUACAUCUUGUGGAUAUGAUCCACAGUUGCCCAAUGUAUCUUUACUCUUGGUGGAUGGACUCUCAAAUGCCCCAUGUGCAACAACAUUUAUUCUUCGAUAUUAUUUUGGAAUGGCUGCUUCUGCAUGGUGGGCAAUUUUGUGUUUAGGAUGGCAUCGCGAUGUACGCCGUGUUAGUCCCGACUCAUUAGGGCACAUAACACUUGGAACAAAUGUCUACCCAACAUUAAACACUAACAGCGGUACCACGAAAUUGUCUCGCACUAGUGCUGGCAAGAUGGAAAACAGCAUAACGAGCAGUAACUUGGCAAAAUUUCUGGCUUGGGGAUUGCCAGCGUUUCAAACAGCUGCUGUGAUUGUUACACGCUUGGUGGAUGCUGACGAACUAUUGGGUGCGUGUUAUGUAGGUAACCAAUCUGACAAGGGACUGCAGAUUUUAGUAGCAACUCCGUUGUUUUGUUAUUGGAUAUUUGGAUCUAUGAAUUUGGCUUCCGGGUUUUUAGUUUAUCGACGAAACAGGGAUAUUUCGCGCAAUACAAACUCUACAUCAUUGCAAUUAUUACUUCAGACAAAAUGCAGUAUUUCUGGCGUGUUCUUAUUUAUUUAUUGCUUACCUUAUGCUUUAUUGCUUUUAGCGGUGAUAUAUGAGUUUGCAAACAUUGAUGUGUGGCUAAGUGAAUCACCUUAUAGUCAAACUCCGGAAUGGCCAUUUUUAACGAGAGCGUUAAUGGAACUAGUGCUGGGCAUAAUAUGUUCCAUUUGCAUAUUGGGACCAAAAAUAUCUUCAAUGUAUAAACGUCAGUUGUCAGCUCCUCCAGUUAAAGUGUCGCAAUCAAACGUACAGGCGGUGCCUGUUCAACAUAAAUUAAUUUCACACAAUUCCAAUAUAAACAGCCGUGGUUCAAAUAAAGCCUACAGUACUACAUCUUACCAGACUGUUCGGGAACCGAAAAAGUCAUCUCAGCAUAUAAAACAACAUUUUACUAAUACAAUUUCAAUGAAUCAAUUGCCUAAUUAUUCCCCUGGUCGAAGUAAAGUCCCACAAAAUCAUCUUCACCCCCACUUAAUAAUGAAUUCCCCAACUAACAACAAAACUAAUUCACUACAUCGUUACGGCGAUGAAACAGUGCUGUAGUGUUUUAAAAGAAACUCCUUUUGUGCUUUAAUAGAGUGAUUAUGUAUGUUUCAUAUUGCAAUUAUUUUAACUUACAUGUGUAAACAUACCCCCAUUUAAAAGUACAAAUUGUAUGAAUGGAGUUUCAAAAUUGUAAGACUGUGAUAUGCACUAAUGUAUUGCUGUAGAGUGGUCCAAAAUGCAAACAUUUUGAAAUCAUGUGCUUCACAUGUCUCCAAUAUUCCUAUUAAGAGUUCGCUGUAAAAAUAUAAAUAUUUAAAAUUGGUUCAUUUAACUAACAACUAAAAAUGAUUUUAUUAUUACGUUAUUGCCAAAAAUUAACACCCUAACUAUGAAAGAAAUUUUAAAGUUAUGUUAAAGUCGAUUUUAUUUUAAAAUAGAACUUUUGUUUUUAUUUGAAAAAAGCUUCAAAUAAUAGAAAAUAUUUUUCAAUGAAAUAAAAAGAGGAAAUUUCAAAAAAUUAAAAAAAAACAAUAUGUACAUAAAAGUUCAAAACAAAAAGCUGUUUUUGAAAUAAAACAACAUUUUAAAUUAUAUUUGAAUUUUUUUUUUAUGGUACGAAAUUUAAAAUAAUAGUCAACUUUAUGGACUUAAAAUCGACUUUAAGGCUUUCGUAGUUAGGCUGUAAGUUUUUCCGAAAUUUUCUGAAUUCAAAUCGAAGGCAUCGAGCUUGUUCUUGUUUAUUUGUAUUCUCUCAAAUGCCAUUAAUUAAACCGCAAGGAGCUAACAAAUGGUAUGUUCAUGUACUAGUCAGUAAUAUUGGUUUUACUCAGAAUUAAUUUGCAGUGCGGGAACAAUUUCCUGUGAAAACUGAAAAUCUGGCGAAAAAUAAGCUUCAUUUAAAUAACUGCUACAUGUACAAAUGACAAAUGAUGAUGCAAUUAAAAGGCAAAUUUUCCUUGUUCGUAAAAACGGAGCGCAUAUUUUUUUUAUUUUUUUUGCGAAUAUGUUAAUAAAUAUAUUAGCAAGAUUUGUUACCGAUACUUUAAAUCUUUUUAUUUGUCAAAUUAUUAAAAUAUCCAGAUAAAAAGCCAAAUCAUUCAUGAAAUAACUAUUUCAAUUAUCCAGAACUUUAUGAUAAUGACAAAAUUGUUAUUAAAAACAUUUUUGUUAUGAUAUUGACCACAUAAUAAAUGCAUAGAACGGAAGGAGUUGUCAUCUAUGAUACUGACGUUGUCAUACGUUUUUAUAUAACUGUCAGGACAUUUCUGACCCGUGAGGACGAUGAUUUCAGUUUAAACAUUACGGUAUGAAUGUUAACGCCCUUUUAAAGGGAGCUUUUGCCCUAAUUUAACAAGCUGUUAAAUAAUACUACACUAUUUUGGCCAAAUUGGCUUUUUAUUACUGAAUAAAAUAAAAAAUAAAUAUUUAAUUUGCGUAUGAAAGGUAUAAAAAAGCAUUUUGCAGCUUUCUCUUAAUAUUUUAAAAUUACUUCAAUUCCAAUCUUUCCAAACACUUUGGAUGAAUGGAACAGGCGCAGCUUUGUGAAGUACAGAAAAAAUGGAUGGACCGGUCUAGCAUUGCUAUCUUAAGUAUACUUACUAUAUUUACUUUAAAUUCUAACUAAAUAUAAUAUAAAAUUGGUGUUAACAAAACCAUUCGAAAUUCAAUUUUAUUUUUUUUUCGAAAUUUCAAACUAAUAUGUAUUUUAAGAUAUUUAUACCCACCUUGUCUCUUAAGCAAGUGUACUUAAUUUACAAUUAAUCUAUAUAUUACAUACAUACAUGUGUGUAUACAAAAGUACAUUUGGGGUAUUCACACGGUCUUCUAUUAGUCAUAUUGUCAUAAUGUCUUAUUAUAUUAUAAUAUAGUUGUUGUUGUGUUUUAAACAAAAAAAAUAUUAUUUUAUGACAAACUUUUUUGUUUGAAACACAACAAAAAUUUGAUUAAACUAUCAUAAUAUAUUAGGACAUUAUGACAAUAUGACCAAAUAGUAGACCGUGUGAAUACCCCAAUUGUAUACAUAUAUAUUCCUUAGUGUCUCGUUGGUAAUAUUUUUUAGAAAUACAACUCAAACGAUGCGUAUUCUCCUUCAUAAAUAUGUAUGCCUAAUUGUUCCUCGGGACACAUGUACUUGUAUAAACGAAAAUGUGCCAUUAAUCUUAAGGACUAUAAAUAUUAAUUAAAACAUGUAUUUAAAUUAUAUUUAUUUAUUUCACAACCGAACUAAAAAUUCUAGUUAUACUAAUUUGUUUUUAUCGAUAUCUAUCUAUCUAAUAAAUAUUUAUAUGAACAUUUUACUUUUUUCUAAAAAUUUUAGGUUUGAAAAUAAAAAAAAAAAUAUUUUUUAAUAAGAAAUCCCCAGAUAAAUGAUACAUAACUAUACCUAUAAAUUAUGUUAAUAAAUGUUGUUUCUGAAAGUAGAA